CCUGUUGAUGUGUCACCUUGGAAACGACGUAAAUGGCGGCUAAACCACAACUACAGAAAGAGAAUUCUGAUAUACAUAUUUUAUGACUUUAUACAAGCAUUGUAUGCAACUAUGAAUAACGUUGCUUAGGUCAUUUUAAUAGGAUUGUAAACUUGUUGAUAUGCAAUGCAGAUUUAUGACAGAUUUAUGGAAAGCUGAAGUCCUCAACUUCGGCGAAGAGGUGUUAUAAGACAAGCGCAGAGAAGCUCUCUAGGCCCUGCUGUUUUCUGCCAAGACUUCCGCGAUAAAAUAGAAAAAAAUGGAAAGCAAAGGUGCAAGUCUUUUUCCAGUGGCAAAAGGUGUCCAGAUACCGUUUGUAGGCAAAGAUCUGUUGAAUGAUGCAAGCUCUGGUGCAGAUUUUCUUUCCAAUGCACGAGUUCUUGUCCCUCAGAAAGAAUCUAAAGCAGCACCAUUGGUACAAGCCAAAACUGCUCAGAACGCAGGUAAAGAUAAAAGAAGAUUCAAGGACAAAUCUAAAGGGAGAUUAGAUGAAAAAUAUUUGGAAAGGAUAAGUGAUGGACUUUCGUUCUCUUCUGAAGUUAUUGAUGAAAGAGUAAAAAAUUCGAAGCCUUAUUCCUUUGAUAAGAAACCGGAUGCGUUCAAAGGUUUUAAGAAAAAGAAGAAGAAAGCUGUCCUUGUUGGGAGACAUGAUACAAGAUUCGCUGUCACCAAACAUUACCCAUGUUUCAUUAAAGGGCCGAGUGAAAGUGAAGUGACUUUUCAACCAAAAUCAUUGCCAAAAAUAGCACAAAAAACAAGCAUUGAAAGUUUGAAAGAGAAGCAAGUUCUCCACAAACAGAUAGAAAAUAUUUCAGUCAAGAAAGUACCAUUGACUUGGGAUGAGUAUUUAAUGACACUUUUAAGCAAAGAAACUGCUGAAGUGGUUAUAAAAGAGUACACUUCAGGACCCCAACAACUGAAGCUAAACAAAAUUAUCAAGAAUUCCCCAGAAUGUGAUGUAAGAAUCCACAAGUCGAAGUCUCAGCAAACAGACAAUUCAGGAGCUGUACAGGAGGAAAAUACUCAAGAAACACAGGAUAAAUCUUCUGUGGAGGACUGUUGGGAAAAGCCAAAGAAUAAAAGCAGUUUAUACUCAGAGCAAGUAAAGCAAGGUGCAAUGCCAGUCUUUAAGCAAAGAUCCAACCCUAAUGAAAUUGUGCUGGACACUGAUUUAAAAACUAUCUAUGGGAAAGUUCUCCAGUCAUCAUUUCCUGCUCAAACGGAUAACUGGUACAACUGGGAUUCCAAUCCAAAGAAGCACAAGAAAACUAAAAGGAAUAAAAUGGCCAAAGGGAUGCACCAUUGGAAAGAUUAUCCAGAUGUGAUUGAUAAUAAUGAUGUUCAGCGAAUAUCAUUAAAAUCGGUGACUCCAACAAAGUCAUAUGCAGAACUCGACCCAAAAAUUGUUAGAAAACAAAGAGAAGAUGCAAACUUAGUGCGCAUUGUUGAAGAAUGGAGGUCGAAGUGGUUUCUUGAAAAGAAAUGGGAAAAUAGCACAUCAAAAGAGCUUAUCGAUGGAAUGAAUGACAUAAACGAUCACGUGAGGUUAUCAGCUGUCUCAGCAUGCAGUAAGGCACUGUUGAAUAAAAAAAUUGUAGAGACGAAGGAGCAAGCGAAAAAUAUACUUUUGAGAAACGACACCAGUGAUUAUGAUUCAGAAGUGCAAAUGUCUGCAGACAUUUUUGAGAAAAUUUUACAGUGUUUAUCAGAUAGGUGCAGACAAGUGCAGGUAGCCUCCGCAAUAACGUUGUUUGCACUGAACAGAGGUACCCAGAAGGUAAGUCUCAGUGCUGGACCAAAAGAAAAUAUUGCAAAACAAAUACUCCUUGAAACCCUUGAUAGCGGAGGCGCACCAGAGAAAUGGGCUGCUGCUCAGUGUCUUGCGUACGCUAGUGUUGAUGACGAUGCUGUUAUCAAUGAGCUUAUAAAACACAUAAACUCAGCGGACCUUGUGAAGCAUUCGAAAUCAGUUAAGCUUCUGGGGAGGCUAAGUAAGGAGUCAAACAGGGUUCAAUUUAUGCUAGCAGAGCAGCUAAACAGCAGCAGCUGGCGAGAUCGUGUUGUUGCCUGUCAGGUUUUCCCAUCACUGCAAGGUCCACUGAGUAAGGAUGUUGCAAAUAAGAUCUCUCAUUUGAUGUGGAAUGAUUGGAGCAAGGAUGUUAGAACAGCGGCUGCAAGAGCUCUUGGGCGAACCGGAAAUGGAAAGCUCGUACACGAUAAACUCAGAGAUAGGCUCACCGAUGAGAACGAAAUAAAUAUUCUUGACGCCCUGAGAAAGAUAGCAUACCUUGGCAUCAUGACUGGAAGACUCUUGCCUGCUUUCUUGAAAUGCCUUAAGAGUGAUUACAUCUCCAUACGUCUUGAAGCAGUCAAGACCGUUUCUGCGAUUCGUUUGUCUCAAGAUGAAGUUAUUAAUGAGCUUCUGAAGCUUGCAAACGAAGAAAGAAAUUGGAAAGUGAAAGCUCACUGUAUAAAAGCAAUUGGUCUCGUUGCAAAGCCUACUGAUAAUGUCCAGGAAGUUCUUCUUUGGUGUCUACGGUAUGAAAGACAAGCUGCGAUUCGAGCAGAAGCUUGUCGUGCCAUUUGCAGUUUGAGCCUUAAGUCAGACAGGGUCAUCAGCAUUUUGCAAGAUCGACUAGUUGUUGAAGAAGAUUCUAUGGUUCUAAGGGAAGUGACUGCAACACUCAAUGAACUUGGAGAAGAACCCACAGGCGAUCUGACGAUGAUCAAGGCUAUUCAAAGAGAAGUUAAGAGGCUUUGUAAUCGUGACAAUAUUGCCGAUGCUAUCGUUAAUCAAGAUCUUCAAGAAACAUUUAACGAGAAUAAGCAGAAAUAUUUGAUGAUUGAUGAUGGGUCUAAAAAUGAUCAGGAUAAUUUCCAAGAGACAGAGAAAAGUUACACUUCAUUUGGACCGAAAGUGAUGAAUAAAUUUGACCCAAUAUUAGAAGGUUAUAAAAUAAAAUGUCAGCAAAAAGUUAGAAUACCUUCAAUGCCAGAUGUUCCUGAUUCAGAAUUGCAGCUAGAUGAUGACCAGAGUGAUUCAGGUAACGAUGAAAGAUCCGUGUCUGAUAACCAAAGCCAGACUGACCCAGAAUCUGAUCAUAAUUAUGAAUCAGAAAAUGAUAUACUUGGUUCUUCAGAGGCUACAGAUUAUGAAGAUUAA